AUGUCUUUCCUCCUCCCUGGUCUGCGCCGCGGUGCGCUUCUUGCGACACCCCUGAUCCUGUCCACACCUUUGCUUGUGCGCAAUUUCCGGCACGCGCAGGCCUUCCGCUGUGACUCGGCGGAUCCGCUCGCGAAGCUCGGCGAUGUGCGGAACUCCUAUGCGCGCGAUGCCCAGACACCCAUUAUCACGCAGUCCGGGGCGCCGAAUCCAAAAGCGGUGCGACAGAUUAGUAUGGGCAGUAUACUGGGUGUGAUCGGGGGUUUGGGUAUCAGUGUCUUCAGCAAGCCAUUGGCCAUCUUGCUUGGGUUAGGCAUUGUUGCAUUGCAGUUCAUCGAGUCAAGAGGCAUUCACGUCAUUCCGUAUUCGUAUCUGCAGCGCCGCUUCAAAUCGACGAAUGUCCGCUCACUGGUGCAGGACAACGUUGCUUUCAAGCUGUCGUUUGGUUUGACAUUUGCGCUGGCCGCGUUUGCUGAAUUCUAG